CUUAGCGCCUGAAGUGACGACAUUUCAAUGAGUCGGCGCUGACGUAAUCACGCCGCGCUAUGGACAAUAUCAUUUACAGCACAAUUUCUGCGAAAGGAACAGCUCACUUGAACAUUCAGCCCCAGGGAUCCAAACAGGCUGAAGCAUUUGUAAAUGCUUUUCUCAAGAAUAGUUUGCCACGGUUGGGUACUGAGCAGAUUCAGACACAUUUAAACAGAAAAGCUGUUAUUCUUGAGCAUAUCUUAAAGAAGCGUAAGAAAGAGAAAAAGAAGAAAGCAAAGUGUCUAUCAGCCAAAGAGAGGCGGGAGUUGAGAAUAUUUGAACUUAAACCAGAAGAACAAAGAUAUGAAUUGUUUCUCCCUUUGCAUGAGUUAUGGAAGCAAUACAUUCGUGACUUAUGUAAUGGCUUGAAAUCUGAUACGCAGACACAGAUGAUCCAGACCAAAUUGCUCAAGGCAGAUUUUCAUGGAGCCAUUGUGACAGUGGUGAAAUCUAAAUGUCCCUCCUACGUAGGGGCUACAGGUAUUAUUUUGCAGGAAAUGAAGCAUAUAUUCAAGAUUAUCACCAAGGAAAAUAAGCUUAAAGUUAUUCCCAAGCAAAAUAGUAUCUUCAGUGUUGAAAUCAACGGCUUUGUUUCCUAUAUCUAUGGAACCAAGUUUCAGCUGAGAUCAAGUGAACGCUCUGCCAAAAAGUUUAAAGGAAAAGGAAGUAUAGACCUUUAAAUCCAGAGCUGUGCAGCUGGUGUAACUGCAGACAUUGACUCUCUAGCUUGGCUUCAUUGGAAGUGAUGUGGCCUUGUAUGUUUAACUGUAUGAAUAAAAACAUGAAUUGAUUAUCUUGCCUUGUAAAACUUUUUUUUAAAUAAAACAUGCAAUGCA